UGUGACUGUCUGUAUUGUACAUCCUGGUAACUACCUAGCUAGCCUUAAAUUCCAGUGUUGGAAGUCAGAAAAUGCGAGCCUGUCGUGUAACAAUGAUAAUCAGUCUAAUAAGAGUGCGAGGGUUACACAAGCCUCGAUCCUACCUACCUACCCGAGCUCAUAACGAGUGAAAGGUAAAAAGGGGGGACUGUAUGGUGUCACAGCCUUUGACAUGCCUACCCUACCUAGGGUACCUAAGAACCACAGCCUGAAUUGAUCGACCGUACUUGGCCCCUUUUCCUCCAGGCAGAUAUCUGGCUGUUAUCAAGCCCGUCUGGCGUCGCUGCAUAAGUUUCUCGCAACAUAGCUCCCCACCCCAUUCCAAGUCCUAACCCACUCACGCGCAACCUUUCUUCUAGGUAGUUAUGGCUAACAUCAGCAACACCCACGAUACGGUCAUGGCCGAGACCCAAGAUAGUAAGAGCAGCCAUGCAAACGGCGUUGCAAACCCUCCCGCCGAGGACAUCGCGGCAAUGGACACAAUCACAAGCACUAUGACCCCUCCUAACCCUUCCUCAGUAGACAGUGUUGCCGCCGGUACCAGCUCCAAGGCCAGUAACCUACAGCUGUGCCUGCUGAUAGGCGGCCUCUUCUGCGGGACCUUCGUGAUGGCGCUUGACGCUACCAUCAUCGGCACCGUGGUGCCCAUCAUCUCGGCCGAGUUCAACGCGCUCGAUGACAUCGCCUGGUACGGCAGCGGUUACCUGCUGACUAUCACGGCCCUACAGCCAACCUUCGGCAAGCUAUACAGGAUCGCAGACAUCAAACUGACAUUUUUAGGGUGCAUUGUUAUUUUCGAAGUCGGUUCGAUCCUAUGCGCGGCGGCCCCCUCGUCGGCCGUCUUCAUCGCCGGCCGCGCUGUCGCAGGUGCCGGUGCGGCGGGCCUGUUCCAAGGCUCACUUGUCGUUAUCACGCGGUCUGUUAGUCUGCAAAGGCGGCCCCUGUGCAUUAGCAUCAUCACGAGCGCCUUCGCGGUGAGCGUGUGCAUCGGACCACCCAUAGGGGGGGCCUUUGCCGACAACGUCAGUUGGCGCUGGGCAUUUUGGAUAAAUGUCCCCAUCGGCGCCGUUGUGCUCAUUCUCGUCUUCUUUCUCCUCCGCUUGCCGAAGGAGGGCGACCGCAAUCCUGGCGAGAAAAAGCCCACGCUCUUGCAAAAGGCGUGGGAUCUAGACCCUGUCGGCGCGUUGCUCAUCAUUGCGGCAGUCGUCUGUCUCCUGCUAGCUUUGCAGUGGGGCGGGCAGAGUCGGUCCUGGGGCUCAUCCUCUGUGGUCGGCCUGCUCGUCGGCUUUGUGGUGAUCCUCGGCGUCUUCUUUUGGACGCAGUGGCGGCUCGGCGACGAUGCCACUCUGCCGCUAUGGGUCUUCACGCGGCGCUCGCUGCUAGCCGGCGCCGCAUUCAGUUUCUUUUUUUCCAUGCCGUCCUAUGUCUACGGAACGUAUAUCCCUAUUUACUUACAAGCCGUCCGGGCAUCAACAGUCCUCGACAGUGGUGUCGAAUUCCUCGCUCUCGCCAUACCACAAAUUUUCGGCGUCGUCUUUUCGGGUGCCUUUGUUAGUAUGCUUGGACUUUACGUUCCUUUCAUGAUCAUCGGGACCGCAAUUGGCAUAGUCGGCUCCGGACUGUUUCUCAUGUUGGACCUCGAGACCUCCAAGGCACUUUGGGCCACGUUCCUCGUUAUCUGCGGCCUGGGGACAGGAUUUGCUAUUAAUCUGCCCUACACGGUCGUCCAGGCCAUCUUGAAAGAGGACGAGGUCCCUACAGGAAACGCUGUAUUCCAAUUCAUGUUCCAGCUCGGCGCUGCCAUUAGUCUCUCUAUCGGCCAGACCAUCUUCCUAAACGAACUCAAGGCGUCCGCGCGGACCCUAGUGCCAUCCAUCCCUUACAAUGCCCUCGUAAGCGCGGGCGCAUACAACCUACGCAGCCUACCCGGCGCUGACGAAGAUGCGAUGUACGACUUGGUGCGCCGGGUCUAUAUGAACGCAUUGCACAGCACAUAUAUCUAUCCGAUUGUCGCCGCGGGUGCUGCGCUUAUCACCACGCUAGCGCUGGAGAACAAGAACCUCAAGAACGUUGAAAUGGAUAGGAAGAAGACGGCUGAAGAGAAGAGAGAAGAGGGGCUUGUUUCUCAGGAGCCGGGACAAACGGCCGAGAAGAAAGCACAGGGGUCAGGGGAAGUAUAAGCACCGCCUCGGAGCAGAGAGCUCUUGUUUAUUUCUGCUGUUUGGAAUUUUGUACUUGGCCAAAAGUUCCGUUGACUCGAGAUGUGUUGCAGCUAUUGCUGCAACCAAGAAGAAGAGGAAAGGAAGAAAGCUUGCUUUAUUCCUAACUACAAUGGCGGAGUGCCAACAUAUGGCUAUAAGGGCCAUAUGGCUCUAGUGGAGCCUAAUGGUGCCUGAGGCACCUGCAACAAGAUGUUUAUUUCACUAUAGAGACUAUAUGUAUUAGCCGGUUAAUCUACUAGGUAGGUAUCUCACAACCCUUUUUGGUACCUACCUAGGUAAGUGAGAGAAGGGAGAGUUUCCGUAACUACUAGGAAGGUAAUAUGAGGAAAGGGGAAAUAGGAAAGAAAGGAGGGAAACUAGGCGUUGGGCAAAAUAGCAGCGACACGCCGCCUUACCUAGGUAUAUACAGAAAUUGGCCCCUAUUUGGUAUCCCGCCCAUGUGUGACAACCAACCCUCAAGAAGAUCUGAUAAAUCUCAAGCCUGGUCGUUACUUGCGUUUUCUUUAAAUAUACCUACAUAGGUACAGUUUGUACUGAGCAAGUCCUCAC